AUGGAUCUCACCCCUCCUGCUGGCAUAGAUCUCAAUGCGUCCCGACAACCCCAGCUGUAUGCGACAUACUCGGCUACCUAUGGUCUGGCAGUUAUCGCCGUGGCACUGCGCUUGCUGUGCCGACUGAAUAUCUCCAAGGCUGGAUUAUGGUGGGAUGACUAUAUCAUCUGCGUUGCAUUGGCUACUGCCACAGGCAACUUUGUCGACAUGAUAAUAUGGGUCGAACGUGGCGUCGGUACGCAUAUCUAUAAAUGGAGAUUGACCGGCGUGUCGCACUUCUAUAUCAAUCUAUUUGUCUGCGAGAUUCUAUACACACUGUCUCUCUGCUUCAAUAAAUACUCGAUCCUUCUUUUUUUCUGGCGUAUAUUCAAGUUCACCAACAUUCGCAUCCCGAUUUAUGUGCUGGCAUCCAUCAUCACUGCCUGGGGACUUGGUGUGAUCCUUACAACCGUUUUUCAAUGUGUGCCUAUCCAGGGACUUUGGGAUUACUCCAUUUCUGCCCACUGCGGAGUGAAAAUCAAUGAAUUUUUCAUUGGAAAUGCCGUCCCCAACAUCAUCACGGACUGGGCCCUGUUGAUUUUGCCCCUGCCAUAUGUGUGGAAGAGCCAGCGAACCGCCGUUCAAAAGAUCGCCCUCUGUGGCGCAUUUGCCAUGGGAGGCUUCAUUUGCAUCAUCUCAAUCGUCCGGUUGGUGGUGAUGUUAGAUGCAUACAAAACGCCAUCGGUUGACGCCACAUGGGUCUUUAUUGGACCCUCCGAAUGGACUGCUGUGGAGACCAAUAUUGGCAUUGUAUCUGCUUGUCUCCCCUCUCUUCGACCUCUAUCAAAACUCACCACUUGGACAUCCGGGCGCAAAGGUACCACCGAUAGUGACACUCAUAAGUUUUCUAGCUGGUACGGACGUCCUUUGGCAUCGGUCAAGAGCGGUUACCGUCCCGAUUACGAUAUUCAUAUGGAUGGCAUUAAUAUGACGACCAGUGUGGAUGUGGAGAGGGGCCCGAGGCGGAAUGAGUGA